AUGUUAUGAUUUCAUCGUCUGCAAAUUCACAUGUGAACUGACAGCGAACGUUGACGGUUGUGCAUGCGAGUCAAAACGUUAAGUAACGGUAUACAAAAACGAAAAAAAACACACAUACAAAAAAUACAAAUAAAUAGUUGCAGUGAGCUUGAAAGUAAAAAGAAUAUAAAAUAAAUACAUACAUACAUACAUACAUAGAAAGUGAGUGCCGCAAGAGUGUUGCCACACGUGUUGAAACGCUGCAGUGAUCAGCAGUGAAAGUGCAAAAUGUGCGUGAAAGCUCAAGCUUUUUACUAAAACAAAUAUAAUCGUUAAAUGCGGUUAAAACGAGUGUGAUUACAACAACAAAAAUCGAAAAAAAAUUGUACAUAAGACAUAACGGUGUCUUAAUCGAGAGCAAAGUUGCAAACGCUGUUAGACAAUGCUUGAAUUCUAUCCAAUGCCCACAAACUUGAGUCGUGGCGCUGGCUUUUAUUCACACCAUCAUCAGAAUCAUGGCGGUACGCGUACAUUUGCUAAUGCGCCCAAUUCGGUCGGCAGCGCAAUUAAUGCAACUGUAUUGAAUAAUAGUGGCAACUGUGGACAGCAGCAACAACAACAACAACAACAACAACAACAGCAACAGCAGCAAGCACAACAACAACUACAACAACAUCAAGUGCAACAACAGCAACAACAAUUAACUGCCUCACCGACGCAUGCAACAUGCGCUCCACUUAAUCGCAGCAACAGCAGUACACCAACAACAGCGGCCACUUCGACACCCGCUACACCAACUGCAACCGUUUCCGCAACUGCAACAGCAGGCGCGUCCGUCGCGUCACCGCACCGCGGCGAUCCGUCAGCAAAGGCGGCUUUUAACAUAGCCGCAAGCGAAAAAGCCACUGCGGCAGCCCCCGAAGUCAAUUCCAGUGCAACACUUGCAAGCGCCAUACCCGCGUGUCCCGCCGCCGUCGCCGCCGUCGCCGCCACUUCCACGGCACACAUUUUAAUGAUACCCACUUCAAUUUCAACAUCGUGUUCGUCAUCACCUUCGUCGUCGUCAUCCUUAAUGACGGUGUCCGCCUCCGUUAUGGCUCCAGCACCGGCCGCUUUAUUGCCGACGGCGUCGGCGACGACGACACCAUCUCUUUCCGAGCUGUCUGCGGGCUGUAAUGGUCGAACAGAAGUUGGACAGGUGAAGUGCGAGAAGAAUUACGAAAUAUGCGAAGGUUGCGGGCAAAAGAUACACGAUCGUUAUCUCAUGAAUGUUGGCGAAUCGAACUGGCACGAACACUGUCUAUCUUGUUGUUAUUGUGGAAUACAGUUGUUCAAUACCUGCUACGUGCGCAAUUCAAAGCUUUAUUGUAAACUCGAUUACGAACGAUUAUUCAGCAUCAAAUGCACCGGCUGUUGUCAUCCGAUUCUGCCACAUGAGAUGGUCAUGCGACCGAUACCCGCUUUCAUUUACCACCUGCCUUGUUUCAUCUGCUACAUCUGCCGACUGCCACUGCAGAAAGGCGAACAAUUUCUGCUGCGCGACGGCCAGCUCUUCUGCUGUCGACACGAUCUCGAGAAAGAGCUUUACUUGGCAACAGCACAGCAUUGUGGUUUCGUCGGACUGGACGAUGAUGAUUUGAUGCGUCCGCGUGAUGGACGACGCGGCCCGAAGCGACCACGCACCAUAUUGACAUCACAGCAGCGCAAGCAAUUCAAAGCGUCCUUCGAUCAAUCGCCCAAGCCGUGCCGCAAGGUGCGCGAGGCGCUCGCAAAAGACACCGGACUGUCGGUGCGCGUGGUGCAGGUGUGGUUUCAGAAUCAGCGCGCCAAAAUGAAGAAAAUACAACGGAAGGCGAAAAAUGGCGGUGGCAAUGGUGGUGCGGUGAGCUCGCGCAGCGGUGAUGAGAAGGAUAUGGGUAAGGACGACAAGGACAUAAAGCAGGAAUGUGGCAUAGCAGGUGUAGAUGGCGCUUAUUUGAGUUUAGGCGACAGCGGUUUCGGCAGUCAACCGCUGAAUCCGAAUCUGCCCUUCUCGCCCGAUGAUUACCCGCAUAAUUCGAAUGAUAGUUUUUGUAGCUCCGAUUUGUCCUUGGACGGCAGCAAUUUCGAUCAACUGGACGAUGACACCGAUUCGUUGUCACUCAACAAUCUGGAGCUGCAGUCCACCGGCUCCUCGGGUAAUCAACACUCCAAUCCACACGACAUCAUCGCCAAUCUCAGCACGAGUCUCGUCAAUCCGAUUGACAAGCUGUACUUGAUGCAGAAUUCUUACUUUAAUGUAGAGCAAUAAACCAAAUUGACCGUUAUGGAAUAGAGGAUACGAAUUUAUUAGUAUUAAGCUACAUGUCAAGUGAGGGUGGGGACUUGUUGUGUUGGUGAAGCAGGCACCAUGUAUGUAUAUGUGAGUUGAGCGGACUUUGUUGCACGUCCCAGGGGUAAAAAAAAACCAACAACACAAAAACAAUAACAAAAACCUAAUGAAAAACUAAGCGGCAAUUAAUUAUUUAUAUGUACUAUAUACAUACAUACAUACAUACAUACAACGGUAUGUUUAAGUUAAUACCCAACAAACCAAAAUAAUUAGGCAGAUUCUGGCAUGUUGCAUACACCUGUAGUAACAACAUUUGUGAUUUAAAAUUUAAAUUUUAUCUAAAACAGAUCUUAUUAUUGUUAGUUUUAAAUAAAUAAAACAAAAAAUAUAAUAAUAAAAUAAAAUAAAAUAAAU